CCAGCCCUGAGGGAGCGGGACAAGUCCUCGCUGGCCCCUGAGGGCCCCUCCGGCUCGCCGAAAGUCCCAGACAUGACCCUCAGCCCACGGAGAACCAGUGCUCAGCCUACUGCCUCCAGCAGCUCUUCCUCCAGCAACAGUCACACUGCUGCAGCCAGCCUCAACCUCACCCACAGCCACAACAGCAGCUCUGGAUCCCUCCCAGGGGACAUGGACGAGAUGGACAGCCUCCGCUUCGGGAUAAAGCGCUUCAACGAGUAUGCGGUGUCCCUGACCCCUUCCACUACCGACUCCAUCAUCGUAGAGGAUGCAUACUACUCUGCGGUUCAAGCUGAUCUGGAGUCAGAUGCCCAGGACUUGGAUGUGGAGUCAUGGAGCCUGGCUGUGGACCAACAGUACCUGAAGAAACACACCAAGGAGAUGGUCAAGAGACAGGACGUCAUCUACGAGUUGAUGCAGACAGAGAUGCAUCACGUACGGACCCUGAAGAUCAUGUUGCGUGUGUACGUGAGGGAGCUGAAAGAGCACCUUCAGAUGGAUGUGCGGUGUCUGGACUGUCUGUUCCCGCGCCUGGAGAGCCUACUGGAGCUACACACACACUUCCUGUCCCGCCUCAAAGAGCGGCGCAGAGACGCCACGCAGCUCAGCAGCAACAAGAACUACAACAUACAGAGACUCGCUGACAUCCUCACCACACAGUUUUCAGGUGAGAUAGGGGAGCGGAUGAAGGAGAGCUAUGGGGAUUUCUGUAGCCGCCACACAGAGGCUGUCAGCUACUACAAGGAGCAGCUGCACAACAAGAAGUUCCAAAACCUCAUACGGAAAAUCAACAAUUUGUCAAUUGUGAGAAGAUUAGGAGUGACAGAGUGUAUUCUCCUGGUGACACAGCGCAUCACGAAGUACCCAGUGCUGGUGGAACGCAUUGUCCAGAACACAGAAGUGGGCACAGAGGAACAUGAGGAGCUGACGAGGUCUCUGGGUCUGAUCAAAGACUGCAUCGUCCACGUUGAUGCCCAGGUCAACCUCCAUCAGAAGGCCUCGCGUCUCCGAGACAUCGCCCACAAGAUGGAGCCCAAGUCUCUGGGCAAGAUCAAAGAUGGCCAUGUGUUCCACGGAGAGGACCUGGCCCUGGGCAGAUGCAGGCUGCUGCACGAUGGGACCGUCAACCACAAGGCUGCCUCUGGCAGACUCAAAGGUAACAGGAUUACAGAUAUUCUUGCUGUGCUGCUGUCAGAUGUUCUGUUGUUACUUCAAGAGAAAGACCAGAGAUAUGUCUUCUCUACUGUGGACAACAAGCCAUCAGUGAUCUCCCUCCAGAAGUUGAUUGUGAGGGAGGUGGCCCAUGAGGAGAAGGCCAUGUUCCUAAUCUGUGCCUCCCCCAAUGAGCCUGAGAUGUACGAGAUCCACACUGCCUCCAAGGAGGAGCGCAAAACCUGGAUGACACACCUCCGCCAGGCAGUGGAAAGUUGUCGACACACAGAGAGGCUCUUCAGUGAGGAGGAGAAGGCUCGAGCCGCCAAAUUCAAAGAGUUCCAAGAUAGUCUGAGCCAGAAGGAUGGCCAGAUCGUGGCAGGUCUGACAGAGAAGCUGCAGCUGUUUGCAGACAUGGCAGAGUCCGUGGCUGGUCUUGAGGAUAUCGCCUCACGCUCCCAUCUACUGCUGCGUGGUGACGCCUCAGACCUCCACCAGGGGGAGACGCUGCUCAAGGGAGCCAUCACUGAAGUGGAGAACCUUCAGAACCUGUUGUUGUCUGGUGUGACAGAGCUAGCGCCACGUCCAGAGGAGGGGUUAGGGUCCGGGGCUAUGCCCAGGAGAGCAGACACCUUCGAGGGCUACGACAGCAGCCCCACCAUCCUCAACAAGAAAGGCAGUGUGAAGAAGAAGAACUACAGUGGAGGGGACAAGGCCAGAGACAGGAGCCAGAGAGCCUGCUCUGACACCCAGCUUAAGGAGAUUCAGGCCAGCCAGGCCCUGGAGCAGCCACCGGCCAUCAUCACCCAGCAAGACCGCCACAUCAAGCUGCAGCGCAGCUCCCUCACUGAGCGUGCCUCCUUCCCCGGCUGUCACCGUGGCAACGUGCUCCUGGAGCAGGAGAAACAAAGGAUUCUGGCCCUGCAGAGGGAGGAGCUGGCCAGCUUCCACAAGUUGCAAUUACUGCACCGACAGGAGCAGGCUCGUUGGGAGAGCGAGCGGGAGCGCCACCGGUUGCAGGCAGAGGCCGCAGAGGACAGUCUGAGGCAGAGAGAGGAGGAGUGCAGGAGGCUGGAGGAGAAGAGAGAGGAGCUGGAGAGACAGAGGGAGAUGUACCAACAGGAUCUGGAGAGACUGAGGGAGUCGACCCUCAACGUGAAGAAGGAACGCCUGGCGCAAGACAAUCGAGAGUAAAAUGACAUGACCUAUAGAAAAUAAAAGAUGGAGGCGCUUUCCAUUCAUUCCAUGCACCACGGAGCUCCGCUGACUAUGCCUGUUUCGGAUAAUCUUUGGCGCUGCAUUUGUGGCGCUGUCAAUUCCAAGGUGAUGAAUCCCGGCCCAGGUUCGGCAUUGCAUUCGCUGAUGUCGGCAUUUUAAACGGCUUUGUGACUUGAUAACCUAUAUUUAGAGGCUUUAAUAGGGCCUACAUUUCAUUAAAGCUAUGGUUUUGAUGCAUUUGAUUUAUCAACAUAGAAUUUUGUUGUAUUGUGUGAGAAUUGUCUUUGACGAUUUGAAUAAAAUUGAUCAGACAUUUUGUAAAUUCAAAUGCACAUUUUUACUCUUUUUUUAGCACCCUGGCAGAUUAACUUGACUAAAUAAAAUCAUGGUUCCACUGAUAACCUA